UUUUGUCAAAUUUAACAACGGUACAAAAAAGAGAAAUUACAGAAGACAAUAAUGGUACAUUAAGAAUUACUUCGCGUAAUCUCAGUCGCUGUGGAGGAACAAUCGUUUUUACAAGCUUUGAGGCCAUUAUCAUCAAAAAUAACACAAUGACUUACUUUCUCAAGGGCAAUAUCCCCGGGGAUUUAAGUCAGUCUACAGCGCAAUCAUCUAUCAAUGGUGUAUAUACUGAUAGAGUGACUUGUUAUUAUGCUCCACGUACACCUACGCCUAGCAUCUCAGGCUAUUCAUGCAUAAUCGAUAGUGGGUCAGUCACAUUUUAUUAUGGAUAUGAUGUUGCAGCUGCUUCUGGAGUACGGGUGGCAUGGAAGACAAGUCCUGAAGAAGAAACAAAAGUUCUUACAAUGAGUUUUUCUCUAUGGAGUUCAGAUUCAGUCAUCCGAGGUUGUGUCAAUGGUUCAGCGAAUCCUAUUAGUAAUACGUCAAUUCCUAUUCCUUCGAUCGCAUAUAACGGUCUAUUCAUUUCUGGGGUGAUUGUUGGACUAAUCAGUGGCUUCACCAGCUACACAUUAAUAAAAGGCAGUAAUAUAUCACCAAUUUCCAACGUUGAGAAAUUGGCUGUUGGUCUCUCUCAACCGCCUUCAGUAUAUGAUAUCUUUCGUGUUGCUCAAUUUUUUGUAACUACCGCUCUGCUUUCUUUAACUCACCUUCCCGAUAGUUACCGGGAUUUAGUAUCUGAAUUUAGUUGGACAAUUGGUUUGCCCAGUUUUAGCGAAUCCCUAUCUAAUGUUGCAGAUAAUCAGAUACGAAAAGGAAUAUGCAAUAUGUCAAAUCCACCUUCAUCUGGAUUUAUAACUACUGGGAGAAAAAUAAAUAUUCCGGACUACAAUUUAUUUUUUUGCGUGAUUAUUGAAUUCAGCAUUGUAUUAGCGAUUGUACUUGUUAUCGCAUUACUCCUCGGGUUAUUGUCACGGUUUUGGAAAUUCUUACAGAAAAAAUGGUCCAUCGUGAAAACAGCGUCGUGUAAUAUUCACUUUUUAGUACUUGAGAAUGAUCGGGAUGCAUUUAACGCGCCUGUUCACACAUUCAUUUAUGGUGCGCUCUAUACUCAAUAUCGAGAUCAUUCAGAGGAGAAACAAACUUGCCUAUGGUUUUUUGUAUUCACAUUCGCCUAUGAUAUCAUUCGAGCCAUUGCCACCGGAGGAGCUCGGCAAAGUGGUGUCUUACAGACUUCAUAUCGUUUCUUAAGUCUUUGA